GUUCUUUCCAUGUCCCAUUGAAAACUUGGGUCUAACUAGAGGCCUGCAGCUCAAGGAAAGAUGUUUGCCUCUUAUCUGUACUAACAGGCAACAUUUCUACCAUUUGAAGUCAGGAAGAGAAGAAGAAAAUAAAACAGGACUGCCCAUCUUUAGAUGACUUGUUGAUCUAAAGAUCAAGUCAUUGACUUGACUGUAUGCAUGUUCAACCAUGGCAGCUCCUACUACAACUUUGCAAGAGCCUCCACAAGUUUCUGCUAUGGAUUUUUCAUACUUUUUCUGCUGAAGCACCAGGACCUGAAGAUUACUGUGGCACUCUCACCGUUGAACAAGAACCAAAGUCACUGCAAGCAUUUCCAUCUUUCCUUGAUGAGAAAAAUGAGCUGGGCAUUCCUACGUGAUCUGCUGAGUGGAGUGAAUAAAUACUCAACAGGAAUUGGAAGAAUUUGGGUAGCUGUUGUGUUCCUGUUCCGCUUACUGGUUUAUGUUGCUGCCGCAGAAAACAUCUGGAAACAUGAACAUGAUGAAUUUGAGUGCAAUAUCAAGCAGCCUGGUUGUGAAAAUGUCUGCUUUGACCAUUUUUUCCCUGUCUCUCACAUCAGAUUUUGGGCUUUGCAAUUAAUCAUGGUCUCCACCCCUUCACUCUUGGUUGUCUUUCAUGUUGCUUACAGAGAGAACAGAGAGAAACACCACAACCAGAAACUUUACAAAAAUCGAGGAAAGAUAGAUGGUGGAUUGCUGUGCACUUACCUAAUCAGCCUCAUUUUAAAAACAGGACUUGAAAUAUUUUUUCUUGUUCUGUUCUAUAAAUUGUACAAUGGAUUCAAAAUACCACGUCUUGUGAAAUGUGACAUAAAACCAUGUCCCAAUACUGUAGACUGUUAUAUUUCCAAACCCACAGAGAAGAUGAUUUUCCUCUAUUUUCUGGUGGCAACUUCAUGCCUGUGCAUUGUAUUAAAUCUAAGUGAACUGAGUUAUCUGAUGUUCAAAUACUCCAUAAAAUGUUAUCUGAAGAGACACGCGAAGAACCAGCAAGGCUCAAAAAGCAAUUGCUGUGAAUCAGAACUCAUCAGGCACAACAGAGCAAGGAGCGCAAAGGGAGCCUAUGCCACCAACAGAGCACAACCACCGAGUUUGUCUGUAAGACCACCAUCUCACUUCCCUUUCAGAAAGUGCCUUGUUUAUUUAGUUUUUAAUGGUAUGGCAUAAGGACUCGUGUAUUUUAUAGAUAGAUACCAAACUGGUAUUAUCAAAAUAAACCCAUCUGUUUUAUAAACCCGCUAUUUACAAAAACGGUUUCUGAAGUUUUUUUGUUUUGUUUUGUUUUUUUAACAAAAAUUAAACUAUACACCAAUCUAAGUUACAGAAACAAAAAUAACCUUUAUAAGAUCACAUGUAUAAAACAAGAAAUGAAAUGUGUUUUUAUUUAAGGCAAUACUGGGCUACUUCACAAAUCACCACCUCAAAUAUAUACACUGCUCCACACUACUAAUUUUCUAUCACAUUCACAACGGAUUCUUUAAUACCAAAUAUUGUUUUAAAUCUUCAAUGUAGCAAACUAUUUUUAUUCACAUUUCCAUUUUUAUUAUGGAAUCAUAAAUGCUUUGUAACCAAUUAAAAGCAAUGAAAAAUGUAGCUAUAAGAAAACUAUUAUAUUUAUGUGUUAACUACAUAUCAAUAUCAUCCAUAGAUACUGGAUGUUAGAAUUUACAAAAAUGAGAGUGUGUCAGUACGUUUAACCUAUGAAAU